ACAAAGCAAGACCAGGUACCCCAAAAAUCAGAGAAACCUCCUCCUUGGGCGGUUGUGAGAAGCCUUUUGACCUGCAAACACCUCCAGACUCAACAACAGAAGCAGCGAGAACAAACCGUCCAGGGAAGCGGCAAGAAGUGCAAGAAAAUGAAGUGUUCCGGUUCACUGCGCAGCAACUCAAAGGUCAUGCCCAGGCCUGAAAUGUCUUCACCAGAAGACCACAAGAAAAGGACGUCGAUGGCUUCAUCCAACAAUGACGGUUCCAGCAGAUCCAUGAAAGCUCCUCUUAGUGAACUCAAUGGGGUUGUUUCCUCCACUUCUUCUUCAUUGUCUGCGUCUUCUAACUCUUCUUUUGGUGGGUCCUUUAAAGGAAUGCCUCUCAGGAGACUAUCUGGGUGUUAUGAGUGCAGAAUGGUGGUUGAUCCGGUUCUUGGAAUCACUAGAGACCCUUCUUUGAGAACCACCAUCUGUUCCUGUCCUGAUUGUGGUGAAAUCUUCAUGAAAGCUGAAAUUUUGGAGCUUCAUCAGGCCGUCAGACACGCCGUGUCAGAACCGGGUCCAGAAGACACAAGCAAGAACACGGUGGAAAUCAUAUUCCAAUCGAACUGGCUAAAGAAACAGGCCCCAGUCAUUCUCAAAGUCCACAACACCCCCAAAACCAUAUCCAAAUUUGAAGAAUACAGAGACUCCAAUAAAACCAAAGCCACCAAGCUCCCAAAGAAACACCCACGCUGCGUUGCAGACGGCAACGAACGCCUCCGCUUCCACUGCACCACUUUCGUCUGCUCCAUCGGCCUCAACGGUUCCUCCAAUCUCUGCAACUCAAUUCCAAGCUGCAAUAUCUGCAGUAUCAUCAAGAACGGUUUCAAGGUCGCCGGAGGGGUUCCCGGAAAAAGGAUUCUGACCACAGCCACCAGUGGAAAAGCCCGUGACAGUGCUAGAAUGUCGUCGCCGGAUGGUAAGGUGAAGAGGGCCAUGCUGGUUUGCCGAGUAACAUCUCACGUUGACUUCUCCAGAUCCAAUGGCUUGAGUGCAGUCGGAAAUUACUACCAACAGGAAAUGGGUGGUGCUACUUGCAUUCAAGUUAUGGAUAUGGAUGGAGUACUGCCACAACCACUUUUAGGCAUGCGUUGGAGAGAUGAGUUUUGUACUACUUCGACGUCUAUGCAUGUAUUACUCCAGUAUAGAUAUCUACUUGAUCGACUUAUGCCAGAAUUAUAUGGGAGCCAUAUACCGAUGAUGUCAUCUCUGAACUCCCAAAUUACUAUACUAUUGCUUUUGACUUGUGGUUGACUAUUUCACCCCUUAUCUGUUUUCACAUAGUGGAGUGGCAUAGAUUUGAUCGUUGUAUGAGGCAGUUUGGGCUACUACAACAUAUUCCCGAGCAAUGCGAUACAAAAUUAGGAUUACAUAAAUAUGAUUUGAGGGGUCGACAUGAUUUGGAUUGGAUAAGUAUUCAUCACCACUAUAUUCAAAGGUGGGAGGCUAGGUAUGAUCAUCUUGCUAGAGUUGAGGCAACAUAUACUUCUUACGGGUAUAACCACCCAUAUAAGGUGUGGUAUCGUUUUAUCACUCGCCUUUUUAUGACUCCACAUGGAUCUUCAUGGGAGAUAGUGGUAAUUAUAAUGUCUUUUUAUUUAUUAUUCUAUUUUAUUCUAAUUAGAAAAACAUUUAAUUUUUUAUUUUUAAUUCUUACAGAAUCGCAGUUUCCAACAGAUACAUCUAUGGACUGGUCUAAAUACACUGAAUAUAAGUCAUUGUGAUGAAAUUUAUCAAUUAUGUGCAACCACUUUAAAGGCUAUACACGAGGUUGAUAGGUUGCUUAUUCCCCCUAAUGUCGUUGAUACAUAGAGACAAUCAUCAGAUGAGGAGGUAGUGAUGAGAUAUGGUGGGGUACGAACUAGAGGUGGUAUGGUGCUGACCAGAGGUGAUGGGGUGCGGACCAAAGAUGGUGGGGUACAAACCAGAGGUUUAGAGAUACACGAGGUUGAUAGGUUGUUUAUUCCCCCUAAUGUCGUUGAUACAAAGACACAAUCAUUAGAUGGGGAGGUAGGAAUGAGAGAUGGUGGGGUACGAACUAGAGGUGGUGGGGUGUGGACCAGAGGUGAUAAGGUACGGACCAGAGGUGGAGGUGUUUGAACUAGAGGUGGAGGUGUACAAACACGUGGAUGCCAUAUUUAUGAUGAUCCACACUUCCCUAUUGAUGAUGCAUCGCUAGAUUUUCCAUCAUCAUCGCCUCUACAACAUUUUGUCUUCACUUUUUCAACACCACUUGACCAGUCAUUACCUCAUUCAUCAGUUCCAUUCAUUGAUGAGGGGGUGAUACAAGAAGAUGUUGGGACAUUAUUCAUCCAGGAGCUAUUGCAUUCUUAUAUUGAUGGGCCUUCUUUUCAUAUACUUAUGUCAUCUAGUAUCAAGGUGUCAUUUACUCCAUCUACAACACCACUCAUUGUUUUGUCACUACAAUCAUUAGGACAUCUAUUUAGAGAUGUUAUGGCGACACAAAUGCAAUAUUUUCCUACACCACUUGUUGAACAACAGGGAGAGGCUCAGGUUCAAGAUCAAGGACGUGGACAUGGAAGAGGUCGAGGCCAAGGACGAGGACGAGGAAAUGGAGCAACAUUAGAUGGUCCCUCAAAUCAAUCUGAGUUGGAAAGAUGUCAUCAACGCCCAUAACCAAGAAGGAAACCUCCUUCAUGUGGCACACAUUGAUGACUUUUAUAUAUUUUAUCGAACAUAAAUUGUUAAUACAUGUUUUUUUGUUA